AUGACUCGCGGAAUGGAGUUGAAACGAGUAGUCUGCUUGGCGAGGCACGGCGCGCGAAGCUCCCUCUACAAUUUGCCAGAACUGGGACCAGCCAACUGGAAUCAAUCGGGCCUUUAUAAAAUACCCCGCGAUGUUAGCAAGGUAAACGUGAAACUGGCCGGCGUCAACGGUGGACCAGUCACGGCGGGAUUCGACCCUGACGGCGAACACGCCUGCGGCGGUCCUGCUGGAUGGCUGACGAGUAUUGGCUACUUGGGCAACGUCGGCAUCGGGGAAUUUUUGGCGAAGAUGUAUGGGAGAAGAGAAGCAGAAGAUCUGUACGUGCGGAGUACUAAUGUCAAGCGAACAGUUGAGUCAGCCCGGGCGAUCGUCGGCGGACUGACGAAUCAACCCUCAGAAGUAAAGAUAGAAGUUCAAGGAAAGCUUGACGAAGAGUUCCUAACUUACAUGCAUUCCUGCUCCGGCUCACUCCAAAACUACCGCUGGAUGUGGCUUGCAUCGCCUCUUCACGAUCAAAUUAGACCAAUGUGGUCGGAGGCAGUACGUGAGCUUGGAUUACAGAAGAGAACUGAUGGUCGGCCACAGCAUCAGUUGCUUCCUCUUGCUUUGUACGAUGACCUAGCGGCUAGAUUUGCUCACGGAAUCCCAGUCGUCAAUGCCGCUGCUUUCCGAAAGUAUUACCCUCUUAUUGAGCAUCUAUCUCUGGUUACCUGUCUCGGAGUUAAUGGAACCUCGGUCGAAGAGAAAGCGCAUGCCCUGCCCAUCAAGGCCGGACGAAUUCUUGAGUACAUUGUUAAUGAAUUGGAGGCCCCGAUUUCGAUUCUCAGCGCGCACGAUACAACAUUAAUCCCUGUAAUGGAAGCGCUCCUGUUCCGAAUGGCUCCUCAUGAAAAAAGUGAAAUCUUCUAUUUUCCUCCUUUUUCCGCUCAUAUCGUUUUCGAGUUUCACGUGGACGAAACGAAAGACAAAUUUAUUAGAAUCAGAUACAACGAAAAACCUAUCUCUUUCAAAGGAAGAGAGUAUGUUCCACUAGAAGAUUUUCUUGAGACGACAGAAUGGCUUCGCAUGAGCCAGAAGGAGUUUCUUACCUGGAAAGACCAUCCAAUUCCGGAACAUGAGCCCCGCUACUCUCACGAUGAGAUCGCCGAUUUCCAUGCCAAUCCUGAAAACUAUCUCGACAUCUGA